AUGGCAACACAACACAAUAACAAUAAACGUCGAGGGCGGCCCAGUGUCCGUAAUCCUGAAGAUCAACAAGAAUCUCCUAGAGAUUCAGAAAACCUCGUUGAUGCGGCAACUCGCCUUAUAGAGGUUUUCACUAGUGGGCAAACCGCCAUGCAAGUACAAGUCCCACAUCUGACUGCUUUUGAUCGCUUCUGCAAACAGCAUCCUCCGUUGUUUGAUGGCAAGGGUACGGAAUUAGAUGCAGAUAAUUGGUUAGAGCGCUUGGAGAAAAUUUUCAGUGUAAUCAGCUGUACCGAGGAACAAAAGGUAGAAUUUGCAGCAUAUAACUUGGCUGAUGUGGCCAAUGGGUGGUGGAAGGCCACUCGCGGAUUUAUUCAGCAGGAAUUGGGCGAAGCUAUCCCUAUAUCAUGGAAUAAAUUUAAAGAGGCAUUUAAUGACCGGUUCUUUCCUGUAUCCAUUCGAGAGGCCAAGGCCCGAGAGUUUGCUGACUUGAAACAAGGGACAAUGACAGUGAGACAGUAUGCAUCAAAAUUUGUGGAGUUGUCGAGAUUUGCCCCACACUUGGUCCACACCGAGGCACUGAAGGCUGAGAAGUUUGAGCGAGGCCUAAACCCCAGAAUUAUGGACUCCCUUCUUGCAUUGAAGAUUAGAAAGUUCGCGGACUUGGAAGAUAGAGCAGUGAUACUUGAGGAGAAUUUACGAGUCCGGGCAGGGGAAUUCAGUCAAAGGAAGAGGCCAUUUUAUGCCAUGGAGCAAAAUAAGGGCAAGAGACCUAUGUACAGCCCGGUGCCCAAGCCAAUCCAAGUGGUCAAACCUCCCCAACGUGGUACAACAGCACCUCACCCCGCAUGCCAAAAUUGUGGCAAACGUCAUGCUGGGAAGUGCCUUAUGGGGACUAACAUCUGCUUUAAAUGUGGUAAGAUAGGUCAUUUGGCACGGGAGUGUACAAUGCUUGUGGCCCCUAAUACUCAAGUGCAGAAUCAAGGGCAGAAGAAUCCAGCACCGGCUCGAGUUUUCGCGUUAACAUUUGAUGAUGCUGAUACUUCUCCUAAUGUGGUAACAGCGAGAGAGCACCUGAACCUCUUGAGCCAGUGA